CUAAGUCAAACCAAGCCUACUCGAAUCAUAAUCGAAUCGAGCCCCAGCUUACCCUGAUUUUGACUCGGCUCCUAAACAACCCUAUACACGCUAACUCUGGCUAAAACCUUGAAAAUCGCCAUUUUCUGUUUCUUUUCUGUUGUCUGUUAUCAACAAGAUUUUGUCAUUUCCAUCACUUUUCAAAGCUUCCCAUUAGCGUAAAGCCUUAAAUCAUGUGAACCCACCUGUGAAUUCCCCAAAAUGCCCCUCAAAGUCUUCAUCUUUUUGCAUUUCCAAUCUGGUUGCUUUACCGCCUCCUUUUGUUCAAAGUGCAAGUCACUUAAAAAGAUCGAACCAUUAUUAUUACUUGUUUGUAUCGAUUGAAAACGGUUUUUUUGGGGAGAAAAUGAGCACAGGAGUAAGCAACUUUGUGAUCAGAUGGAUUAAUCUUCUUACUAUGUUUGUAGCUGUGGGUGUGAUCGGUUUUGGCGUGUGGAUUAGCACUCAUCAUGAUGGUUGUAGAAAAUCGCUCACUCUUCCGGUUUUGGGUCUUGGUGCUGUAAUAUUCGUGAUAUCAGUUGUCGGGUUUUUGGGGGCGCAAAAGAACAACUCUAUACUAUUAUGGAUGUAUUUGAUCAUACUCUUCUUGAUUUUGUUGGGAAUUCUUGUUUUCACUGUAUUGGCUUUUAUUAUAACUAACAACGCCACCGGCCAUAAUGUUGCGGGUUUGAGAUUCAAGGAGUAUCGUCUUCAGGAUUAUAAUAAAUGGUUUCGAAAUGAAUUGAACAACACGCAUAAUUGGAAACGCCUUCGAAGUUGUCUCGUUAAAUCUGAUGAUUGUAAUAACCUAUCGAAAAGAUACAAGACUCUCAAACAAUACAAAUCAGCAAAAUUGACACCCAUUGAAGCUGGUUGUUGCAGACCACCAUCUCAGUGUGGCUAUCCUGCUGUGAACGCCUCUUACUAUGACUUGAGCUUCCAUCCGAUUAGUCCUAUUGAGGACUGCAAACUUUACCGGAAUUCAAAAGCCACAAAAUGCUACAACUGUGAUUCCUGCAAGGCUGCAGUAGCAGAGUACAUGAAAACCGAAUGGCGCGUGGUUGCUAUCUUUAAUGUGGUUUUGUUUGUUGUCUUGUUUGUAAUAUAUUUCGUGGGAUGUUGCGCAAGACGGAAUGCUGAAAGUAGCCGCUCAAAAUUUUAGAAGUCAACUCAAAUUCUAUGACUCUUCUCUAUGUAGGUGUUGAUUUUUUUUUUUUUUUUUUUUAAUCUGAUCUGGAAAUAAGAAUAAUGUACAGAUUCUAAGAACUUCAGGAAUGAUCCCUUCAUUCAUGACUUUUUUCUGACUUA